GGACCGCGCCUUCCAGACAGCCCCGUGGAGCCCAGGCGGCGGCCGGCAGCCUUCGACGCGAUGUUCCGCCGGAGCUGGAACCGCUUUUGUGCUGGAGAAGAGAAACGAGUCGGUACACGCACAGUAUUCGUUGGCAAUCAUCCAAUUUCAGAAACAGAAGCUUACAUUGCACAAAGAUUUUGUGAUAAUAGAAUAGUGUCAUCUAAGUAUACACUUUGGAAUUUCCUCCCAAAGAAUCUGUUUGAACAGUUUAGAAGAAUUGCAAAUUUUUAUUUUCUCAUCAUUUUCCUUGUACAGGUCACAGUAGACACACCAACCAGCCCAGUUACCAGUGGACUUCCACUAUUCUUUGUUAUAACUGUUACAGCCAUCAAGCAGGGAUAUGAGGACUGGCUGAGACACAGAGCUGACAACGAAGUCAAUAAGAGCACUGUUAACAUUAUUGAAAAUGCAAAGCGAGUGAAAAAAGAAUGUGAAAAAAUCAAGGUUGGUGAUGUAGUCGAAGUACAGGCAGAUGAAACCUUUCCUUGUGAUCUUAUUCUUUUAUCAUCAUGCACCAGUGAUGGAACCUGUUAUGUCACUACAGCCAGUCUUGAUGGAGAAUCCAAUUGCAAGACACAUUAUGCAGUACGUGAUACCAUUGCACUGUGUACAGCCGAAUCCAUUGAUACUCUUCGAGCAGCAAUUGAAUGUGAACAGCCUCAACCUGACCUCUACAAGUUUGUUGGGCGAAUCAAUAUCUAUAGUAAUAGUCUUGAAGCUGUUGCCAGGUCUUUGGGACCUGAAAAUCUCUUACUGAAAGGAGCUACGCUAAAAUCUACCAAGAAGAUAUAUGGAGUUGCUGUUUACACUGGGAUGGAAACCAAAAUGGCUUUGAACUACCAAGGGAAAUCUCAGAAACGUUCUGCUGUCGAAAAAUCUAUCAAUACCUUCCUGAUUGUGUAUUUAUUUAUAUUACUGACCAAAGCUGCAGUAUGCACUACUCUAAAGUAUGUUUGGCAAAGUUAUCCAUAUAAUGAUGAACCUUGGUAUAACCAAAAGACCCAGAAAGAGCGGGAGACUUUGAAGGUUUUGAAAAUGUUCACCGACUUCCUAUCAUUUAUGGUUCUGUUCAACUUUAUCAUUCCUGUCUCCAUGUAUGUCACAGUAGAAAUGCAGAAAUUCUUGGGCUCCUUCUUCAUUUCAUGGGAUAAGGACUUUUAUGAUGAAGAAAUUAAGGAAGGAGCCCUGGUUAACACAUCAGACCUUAAUGAAGAACUUGGCCAGGUGGAUUAUGUAUUUACAGAUAAGACUGGAACACUCACUGAAAAUAGCAUGGAAUUCAUUGAAUGCUGCAUAGAUGGAUACAAGUAUAAUGGUGUAACUGAGGAGGUUGAUGGACUCUCUCGAACUGAUGGACCCUUAACACAUUUUGACAAAGCAGAUAAGAAUAAAGAAGAGCUCUUUCUGCGUGCUUUGUGUUUAUGUCAUACUGUAGAAAUUAAAACAAAUGAUGCUGUUGAUGGAGCUACAGAAUCAACUGAAUUAACCUAUGUCUCCUCUUCACCAGAUGAAAUAGCUUUGGUGAAAGGAGCUAAAAAGUACGGGUUCACAUUUUUAGGAACUCGGAAUGACUGUAUGAGAGUAGAGAACCAAAGAAAAGAAAUAGAAGAAUAUGAACUUCUUCAUACCUUAAACUUUGAUCCCGUCCGCCGACGUAUGAGUGUAAUUGUGAAGAAUCAGAAAGGAGACAUAUAUCUCUUUUGUAAAGGAGCAGACUCAGCCAUUUUCCCCAGAAUACAAAUUCCCGAACCUGAGUCAACUAAACUUAGGAAUGCCAUUGAUUCAACUAAACAGCAUGUGGAACGUAGUGCAAUGAAUGGUUAUCGGACACUUGGUGUAGCCUUCAAAAACAUUGCUCCAGAUGAUUAUGAAAGAAUUAACAGACAACUCAUAGAGGCGAAAAUGGCCUUACAAGACAGAGAAGAAAAAAUGGAAGAGGUCUUGGAUGAUAUUGAGACAAACAUGAAUUUAAUUGGAGCCACUGCAGUGGAAGACAAGCUGCAAGAUCAAGCUGCCGAGACCAUUGAAGCUCUGCAUGCAGCAGGCCUAAAAGUCUGGGUGCUUACCGGGGACAAGAUGGAGACAGCCAAAUCCACAUGCUAUGCCUGCCGCCUUUUCCAAACCAGCACUGAGCUCUUAGAACUGACCACAAAAACCAUCAAAGAAUGUGAAAGAAAAGACCGAUUGCAUGAAUUGUUGAUAGAAUAUCGGAAGAAGUUGCUGCGUGAAUUUCCUAAAAGUACCAAAAGAAACUGUAAAAAAAGAGCAUGGACAGACCAGGAAUAUGGAUUAAUCAUUGAUGGCGCCACAUUGUCACUCAUAUUAAAUUCUAGUCAGGAAUGUGGUUCAAGCAAUUACAAAAGCAUUUUCCUACAAAUUUGUAUGAAGUGCACUGCAGUGCUCUGCUGCCGGAUGGCACCAUUACAGAAAGCCCAGAUUGUCAGAAUGGUGAAGAAUUUAAAAGGCAGUCCAAUAACAUUGUCGAUAGGUGAUGGUGCCAAUGAUGUUAGUAUGAUCUUGGAAUCCCAUGUGGGAAUAGGUAUUAAAGGCAAAGAAGGUCGCCAAGCAGCCAGGAAUAGUGAUUAUUCUGUUCCAAAGUUUAAACAUUUGAAGAAACUGCUUUUGGCUCAUGGACAUCUAUAUUAUGUGAGAAUAGCACACCUUGUACAGUAUUUCUUCUAUAAGAACCUUUGUUUCAUUUUGCCACAAUUUUUGUACCAGUUCUUCUGUGGAUUCUCACAACAGCCACUAUAUGACGCUGCUUACCUUACAAUGUACAAUAUCUGCUUCACCUCCUUGCCCAUCCUGGCCUACAGUCUACUGGAACAGCACAUCAACAUUGACACUCUGACCUCAGACCCCCGAUUGUAUAUGAAUAUUUCUGGCAAUGCCAUGCUGCAGUUGGGCCCCUUCUUAUAUUGGACAUUUCUGGCCGCCUUUGAAGGGACUGUGUUCUUCUUUGGGACUUAUUUUCUUUUUCAGACUUCAUCCCUAGAAGACAAUGGAACGGUGUAUGGAAACUGGACUUUCGGAACCAUUGUUUUUACGGUCUUAGUAUUCACUGUAACUCUGAAGCUCGCCUUGGAUACUCGAUUCUGGACAUGGAUAAAUCACUUUGUGAUUUGGGGUUCCUUAGCCUUUUAUGUAUUUUUCUCAUUCUUCUGGGGAGGAAUCAUUUGGCCUUUUCUCAAGCAGCAGAGAAUGUAUUUCGUAUUUGCGCAAAUGCUGUCUUCUGUAUCCACGUGGUUGGCCAUAGUUUUUCUAAUAUUUAUCAGCCUUUUCCCUGAGAUUCUCCUGAUAGUAUUAAAGACUGUAAGAAGAAGAAGUGCCAGGGUAAGAACUAAGUUUAUACUCUAACAUGAUAUUUUGAAGGGGCUUCAAUAUCUGCCGUGAACUAAAAACCUUAUUUAGAGAACUGUAUCAGUUACAGAAUAUUAAACCCCUCCUUACAGGUUCACCACUUAAUUUCCUCUUCUGCAUAAAAAGUAUAGUAAAAACUUCGUUAUCCAAUGCAGGUGGUAAGUAGAUUCCUUAACAGUGUUCUGUGUGAUCUUUAGCAAUCCAUAUGGAGUAUCCCAAAUAUGCUCCAUAUGGAAAUUUAAAAGGAAAAAACAAAAUGAUUUUAUUUUGAAUUUAACCUAGAAUUUUUCACACCAGGGAUUUCCACACCAACAUUUCAGCUUUAACCUUAGAAAUUUCCUUGUGGUUGUUUGCAGAUUUUUUUUUUUUCAGUUGAUAAUCCUAAUUUGCCUCUUUCAAACCUUUCCCCUUCCUCUAAUUAUAGUGCUGCUUAAUCUCUGUAUUGCUUCUAGCCCUGUCUGUCCAGCAGUAUAUUUGAACCAAAGAGAAUUCCCUGGAUGUGAUUUCUACAUCCUUACCCUCUUGAACACACUUUUAAAAAAAAAUUCAAGAUUGUUUUAUGUGUGUGAUUUUUUUUUGCUGCUUAAGUUGUAAAUUUCUUGUGAGUAUGAGAAGUUAUUAUCCUCCCUUAGCCCAAUCACUUGGCCCUGUGUUAUCUGAUUUUUUUUUAACAUAUCUAAAAAGCCUUUGAAGUGAAAGGGGUAGAUUAACCUGGAAAAUAAAACUUCUGGCAGAUUUUGACCAACAGGUUAAUUAAAUAUAUUCCUACCCACAGUAGCUCAUUUUGCCAAAUAAAACCCUAUUUCUGUCAUAUUCACACCAACUAGGUCCUGUAUCCCCUCCAAGACAAUAUUUUCAGGAUAUAGUGUAAGCUCUGUUUACCUUACCUGUUUGAUCAAAUUCAUGAACCAGUUUAAGUCACCAGACUGGGUCGUCUGAUUUUGUUGGUGGUGUUUUAUUUGCUUGUUUGUUUGUUUGGGGGUCCCCCCGCUUUUGUAUUGAUGGAAUCCAGUGAUUGACAUCAUGCAGACAUGAGAAUCUGAAAUGAUUAUAGUGGGAAAAUCUUCAGUGAUUAGAUGUGUAAAGAUCUUCACAUUACAAGUUAGUGUCAGUCCCAGUCAAUAACAAUAGAGCUUCAGCAGCAUAAGCUACAUAGAUUCUUGGCCAAUCCAUAUAUAGUUAGGUGGUCAGAAUUGUCCUGAACUCCCUGCUUCUGCAUGCCUUCUGGAUUGGCACCACAAAAUAGUGUUAGCCUAGCUGAGACUGCCUUAGUGUUUGCCUGAAUCCUUCCAGUAGACCUUGCAUUAACUCCCUCCAGCCUGGUGUUUGGUCUUAGAGUGGAAAAGAGGCAUUUAAUUGCCUAAUUAUACCUUAUUAACAGUUGAACAGAGGAAAAGCAGGUUGAUAUGACAGAUUCCUUUCAGAAUGACUCAAGUAGCAAUUUGAAUGAAGCCAAAUAAAAAAUGUCACAGGAAGAAAUUAUUUGGUGCUUUUGUAUAAUAGGUAAUCAGUCUGGGGAGGAUCUCCUAGUUUCUCUUCCAUUCUUAUUCGGGAGUGCACCUUGGGUUUCUCCUAAAUGUUUUUCUUAUUUGGGGCAAUGGAGCUCAUGCUAUGGUGGGUCACACCAGCUUCAUGCUCUAAAGAUGAUACCAAAAUCUGAGAAAUCAGAACCUUCAAACACAACCUUUUUUAAAAAUGUAGACACUGGCUGGAGGUGACUUUUAUAUAGGCUUAAAGGGAAGGAUGCUACAGGGCAGUCACAGAUAAAACCUUAGAACUUUUUUUUUUUUUUUGCCUCAAUGCAAACAGCAGGUCCUGAACUUCUUUUGAAAGCAUGGAGUUUUAGAACUGCAGCCCAUUUUACUUAGCAGCAUAGAAUUUUGCCAGAGUUGCAGCAUGAAAUUUGUUUGCCAUGGGUUUUGUCCAUGGUAGUAGGAAUAUUAGUGUCUGUGCUGUAGCUUGGCAUGUUGAUGUGCUAGAACAACCGGGAGAAUUUCCAUGAUUACCUUCAUUCAUUAAAUCAUUCAUUCAUUUAUUUGUACCCUCAUUGAACCAAUAAACAUUUACUGAACCACCUACUGAUGAACAUCUCUCUUUACAUCCAGUGUCUGAAAGGCCAAAUGGUUUCUCAGACUGUGCGAUUCUGAGAGUUAGAGAUGAGAGAGAACAUUGCAGGCACUCAGCAGCGCUGCCUCUUCCUCUUUUUUUUUUUUUUUUUGGUGAGAAAAUGCAAGAGCAAUGUAGUGCAUAUGAAUGCAUAAAGGCCAGCUGAAACACGGCAGCCAUGGCCAUUCUGUUAAGUUACAUCUGUUUAUACAAGGCCUUAUUUGGCUGUAUCAAAGAGGCAGAGGCCACCCCUCAAAAAAGGAGAAAGUGUAUCUUACUUUCCCAAAAUAUAUUAGCCUUGAUGCUUAGUGACUAGCAGUCUGACAAUCCGGGGUGACUUCCUACUUUGUUCAGUAUCCCUUUGCUAAGGCAUUGGUCUCAUUUUAGAAGCAAAAGAUACUUUUACACUGGACCUGCCUCAUGCUUGACAGGCUCCCUAGUGGGCUAAAGUGUGAGUCCCUCCCUAGAGGUGGAAGAUCCCCCUGACUUUAACCAGUAAGCUUCUUGGACCCUUUGUACACAUAGCCAUAAUGCCAGUGGCAGAUUGGCUGCCAGUGUUGGUCCUACAUGGACCUUGGCAGCUGCUUUGAGAAGGGAAUUAAGUUAUUGCACUUAACGAUUAUAGAAGCAGUCCUGGGAUUUCCAUUCAAUUGAGCACUCAUUGUCUGAGGGCCUACUAUGAGUUAACUUCUGUACUAAACCAGUUGCCACUGAGUUAAUUCCAACUCAGGGCGACCCCAUGUAUGUCAGAGUAAAACUGUUCCAUAGGACUUUCAAUGGCUGAUUUUUUUGGAAGUAGAUCUCCAGGCCUUUCUCCUCAGGUGCUUCUGGGUAGACUCCAACCUUCAACCUUUCAGUCAGCAGCCAAGCAUGUUAACUGUUUGCACUACCCAGGGACUCCAGAGCUAUUGUACUAGGUGCUAGUAAUUCAGGGAUGAAUCAGAUGUGGCCCUUGCUCACAAGGAGUUUAGGGUAAGUUAGAAAGGUAAUUCAUAUGGAACACUUUUCUGUAAGCAGGUAUAAAGCCAAACAGUAGAAUCAGUGAUACAUGACUUGUUAUAACACAGUUGAGCUAUUUCUAAGUCACUACCCCCUGAAGUGUCCAGUGAAAAGGCUGGUAUGGUGGCCUCCACCACAGCUGAGUUCUGUCAUGACACUAGCAUUAUAAGGAAUUCAGCUAGCUUCGAAAAUAGGUUCCCUCACUCACUUAACUCAAGCCUUGUAGUUAAGCCACGUGUUCCUCAGCUAUAUUUUCAGCCAUGAAGUUAAUUUUUGUGCUAAGUCCCGUCAUUUAGGACCAUAGAGCUUUUCUUUAGCUUAUAAAGUGACAAAGCUGCAUAGCCAUGCUGCUGACAGUGUAUGAUGCAGCUACCACUGAGCACUGCACACUGAACCACACAGUACUUCAAAGGAAAUUUAAAGUUUAGGAUUUGGGUAUUUCAAAAAGCCAUAUCCCCUCUAAGCACAAUACACCUGGACUUCACAUUUCCAGUGGAGGCAUUUUCCCCAUAUCCUUAUGUAGUUAUCUCCUGUCAGCUAUCACAGUAAAAGAGAGGCCUGGCUUUGCCUGCUAGACAUGAGGACACUAUAACGGGAAUGGGCUCAGCAACAUUGUUGUGCCUAGCCUGGGACAUCUGCACAAACAGGAAGAAACCUGCCAUUGUGUAGGGAGCUCUUUUAGUGUGGAAAACGGAGAAAGGAAGAAUGUCAACCACCUGAGCAAAAUUCCCAGAGAAAACACUUUGAAAGUUUUGGAAAAUACAGUUCAUCAUUGUAAUAAUAAUGGUGAUACUGAUGAUUACUAUUGGGAUUCUCACAGUGGCAUAAACAGUCAUGGGUUCUAAGGGUGGUAGCCCUGUGAAGUUGAUUGGGAAAAAAUAAAGUUAAAUUGUCAUGGUGUGCCUGUUGAGAUGGGCCUUUAUCCAUUGGCCUCUUUGACAUGCUGCUAAUUGGGCCGGUGUCAAAGAUCUAGGUGUCUGUUGUCGCUCAUCAUCUCCCCUUCUUCCCACUGCCCCUACCAGUUGUUACUAUUGUCCAUUUUUAAUUGCUUUAGAUCCUCUUUUCAUGCUUUCUGCUGCCUUCUGUACUUUCAUAUUUCCUUUGUGAAGUACUCUUAACACCUAUUUUAU